CUUCAUGACUGAGCUUUUUGUUGAGUUUAUAUUUUGAGAUAGGGCUACUUAGAAGCCAGGCUGGCCUUGAACUCCUAAUCCUUCGGCCUCUACCCUCCAAGUGCUAAGAUUACAGGCACCUGUAUCUUUUGGUUUUUCAUUUCUGUAACAAUCUUGCUAUACCUGGAUAGUCUGGUACUCUGUAGCUAGGGAGGGUAACAAUCCUAGGAUCACAGGCUUAUUUCAGUACACCUGGACUUUUCCUUUUCCUUUAAGGCAGGGUCUCUGCAGGUCUCAGGUUGUCCUGGUACUGUACAGUUUAGGCAGAAGACAAAUUCAACAUUCAGUGGGUGUGGUGAUAUACACCUUUAAUCCCAUCCCCUUCAAAGCAAGUGAAGGUCAGGCAGGCCUGGAGAGUUCAGGUUAUCUCUACAGCGAAACUCCACCUCAAAUAUACAUAAAUAAACAAAUUCAAGAUCUUGCCUCUAUAUCUUGAAGGUUAGAAUCACAGGCACUUGCCAUUAUACCCAGCUUGGACUUUUUUUCCUAAAAAUGAUGUAAAUGCGUUAAGUGUUUUAAGGUUAUAAAUAGUUUAAGGUGUGUCUUAAAAAAAUAACUUUCAAAGAGAAAAACAAGAUAAGCAGGACUUCCCUUUUCAGAGAAUCACUGGCCUGAAGGGUGCUAUCGGUCCACAGGUAGCCUAAUAGGGGCCUGUGAUAAGGUCAAGAGGGAAGCAGAGGGAAGUUUCGUUUCCAAAUAUGCUGGAAAGAAAUCUAGUCUCUGGUGGGAUUGUGGAGUGCCAGGAUGACCCCUGCCCUCUUCCUGUGCCAGCGCUGCAACGAGCCCCUGAAACUCUUACAGCUGCAGGGGGGGCCCUUGGAAGUCCAGCACCAUGCCAAUCCCCCUACAGAGACGCCAGUUUCUGGGGAGUCUCCGGUCAGGACCUCCGGCAUACCCCACUCUGCCGGUGGCAGGACGCCCCAGAGAAGUGCCUGUUGCAAUAUUUCUCUGCUUACCUCUGGCACACACCACUCUGAAGGUGGCAGGACGCCCCAGGGAAGUGCCUGUUGCACUUUUACUCUGCUUGGUGAAUCCGCCUCCAUGAGAACUAUGAACGCUAUCCAAAAUACUACCUUAGAGACCUUCGAAAUCCUCUCCGACCAGAAGGUGGUGGACCACCCGCUGUGUGUGGACUGUACGGACAAUCUUCUGGUGCAACUAGACAACCAGCUCGCUCUCGUUGAGUCUGACAACCAGACGUACAGAAGUUUCCUGGAGAGAGAGUUGCUGGUGAGUGAGAAGGAGAGGGAGGAGCUAGGCGCCGAGCUUCGUGCGGAAUUGUCCAGUCUGGAGCAGGAGGAAGCAAAGCUGGCUCAGGAGCUGGCGGAUCUAGACGGCCAUCAUGCAAAGGUAGCCGCCGAACUCAGUGCAGCCCAGAUGGAGAGCAAGGCGCUGUAUCAACAGCAUGAACAGCACAGAGCCGAGUAUUCUGUUUUGAAGAUGGAACAGCUGGAGCUGAUGGACCAGCUGAGCAGUGUGGAGAACCAGCUGGAGUAUGCCGCGAGUCAGCUGUCCCACUUAAGAGAGACCGAUAUCUUCAACGCCACAUUUAUCAUUUCAGAUGAGGGUCCCUUGGGCGUUAUCAACAAUUUCAGGCUGGGCUGCCUCCCCGAGGUCCAGGUGGGAUGGACCGAGAUCAGUGCUGCUUGGGGACAGACAGCCUUACUGCUGUUUAGUUUGUCCAAGGUAGCCGGACUGCAAUUCCAGAGGUAUCAACUGGUUCCCUCUGGGGACCAUUCCUAUCUCAAAUCCUUGACUGGUGAGGGCGAGUUGCCGUUGUACUCCGACGGAAGCCACAGUGUCUACUUGAAUAACAAGUUUGACUGUGGGAUGAAGGCCUUUCUGGACUGUCUUCAGCAGUUCGUGGAGGAGAUUGAGAAGGACGAGAGAUGCCCCUGUCUGCCCUAUAGGAUCCAUGUGAAGGAAGGGGUGAUAGGGGAUGCCUGGGACAGCGGGGACUGCUGCUCCAUCAGGACCCACCUGAACACGGAGGAGGAGUGGUCCAGGGCUCUGAAGUUCAUGCUUACCGACCUGAAGUUGAUCGUUGCUUGGGCUUCUUUAAGGCAUUCAAGAAGAUGUGGAAAAAAAAAAGCAGACAAAGACAGAAGUUACCCCUGCAAUAAAUAAUGAUAAAGAGGAGAAAGAAUUGCCAGGCGUAGUGGGGAAAACAACUGAGGCCUGAACUUCCUGAAGAAUUCUGUGGUGGCCCUACUGUGUACAGUGGACCUUUGGAGGGCAGUGGUCAUGGGGUAGGACUGUUUGGGGAUUGUUUUGUUGUUGUUGUUGUUGUAUAGCUUAAGCCUUUCUUUUUCAUCUCUAAGAUUUCAAUAAGUGUUA